CAACCAAAGCCUGUUUCAGCUCCUGUGCGAAAGAAUCCCAGUUAUUCUGGAAAACUUUUCGGUUCUUAUGACACAGGAGAUCUUGGGAUGGGGCGCCAUGCAGAAGAUGCCCAUCCCUCUCAGGUUAAAAAUUCAACAUGUCAAGAAAGCUGGACUUUAGCGUCUGCCAGUGACUCUUAUAAGGUCGAAGAAAACAAUAAGAUGCUAAACUCCACCCAGUGGACCCUGGGUAUCGAAGAAAAUCCAGUGGUUUCACGGAACCCAUUUGAUGUCCAUGUUUUAGAAACCUAUCUUGAUUUUCCUGAAUCUUACCCAGAAGAAUUGAAAGAGAUGCUCUCAUUUCAGCCUAACAGAGAGGCACCUACCACCAGCGUGAGUUGCCCUGUGAGGCCACAAGCUUCAGUUUGCUCCAAACAGCAUUGUCCCAUACUGCUGAAACACAGUCAGAAGGAGCCCAGACCUCCGAGCAAGUUAAAGCGACGGCGCACCUUUUCCAGUUUCAGUUAUCCUGCUGUAUUAUACCCUGAACCAAAGAGUGAUUUUGACUGUAAUCUUGCCGAUCCUGUACUUGAUUCUCCUCCUGCAACAUUGCCCAACAGUAGGAAGAGGAAGUCCUGCUCUAAGGACGUCCUGUCUGAUGUUCCAACUCCUCCACUGCCUGUUCCUCAGCCCACUUGUCAUAAACGUUCACGACCACGCUCUUCCUACCUUGUCUCACCAAGUCAAGUGGCACUUGCAUCCUUCAGCACUUACCUCGGAAAACAGUUUUUACAAAAGGAGCCCAUUUUGAAAUCAACAGGAGAGGAACCAAACGCUGGUUGCAGAACAUAUAAAAGAACUUCAUCUGUCCGUAGAGCUCAGUCGCAGCCCUCAUGCUCUCAAGAAGCUGUUGGAACAAAGGAGGAACAUGAUUCACAAGCAUCCACCUCCACACUGGAUGAUGGACAGAAGGGGGCUUCAGGACAAAAGUCCAAAGGGAUAAACCUGUCCCCCUUGAUCAUGCCUGUGUCUGUCCCAGCCUCUGCGACAAACGUUUUAGGCCCCCAAGCUUCCACACAAGCCAAGAGGUCACAGACUCGUAAAGGUGCAUCUAAGAGGUCUUGUCACCCUUUAAACUUCCUCAUCAUCCCCAGUCCACCUCUGCCUCGUUUAUCUUCCCCAAAAUGCACCGAAAAUAAGGAAACCCAGGGUUUGCAGAGAAGCUGUGGCAUAGGCGUUUACCCCAGCCAGCUGCGCUCGCCAAACUAUCUGGCAGACCACCCGCUGAGCCCUAGUUUUCAUCCCCCUCCAUACACCCCUCAGCCUAUGCUGAGCCCUCUCCGUUCUGGGACAGGCCUCUAUUCUAAAAGCCUACCGCAACAUCAGCCAUGCUCAUCUCUACCCUGCACCUUUGAUGGUGUCUCCUUCCCAAUCGACAACACAGCCAUCAACAUACAGCCAAGGAUAAAUGUAGGUUCACGGUUUCAAGCAGAGAUCCCCCCAGUGCGGGACACGCUGUACAUGCUGUAUGAAGAACACCCCGCUCAACUUGUCUGGACUCCUUGGAAAGAUCUCUCUACUAACACAGAAACACAACAGAGGGUCAAAGAGCUGUUAGACAUGUGCUGUUCCAGUUUGCUACCAGGAGGAGGCACCAACAUUGAAUUCGCUCUCCACUGCCUUCAUGAAGUUCAAGGAAACAUAAUGGCAGCACUGGAUUUACUCUUAAUGAGAGGAGAUUUUCGGACCUCCUGGCACCCUCUGAAUGAUUACCACUACACAGGGUCAGACCACUGGACAGCGCAAGAGAUGAAAGUGUUCAAGAAAGCUCUGGUUGAACAUGACAAGGACUUUCAACAGAUUCAUAAUGUGUUGCAGACAAAAUCAAUAGCCCAGUGUGUGGAAUAUUACUAUAACAUGAAGAAGCUGAAAAAGUUCAAGCAAUGUGUCCGAGCCACAAAUAAAAAGGAUGAAGGUGGAGAGAUCUCUGCAUUCAAAUACUCACAAGAGCACAAGCCUGAACAGAUAAAUGGGAACACUGGACAGAAGACAACAGCUGCUCAAAGUGAGAGGUGUGAAGAGCCACUAUUCCCCCUCAGUGAGGAUAGAAACUCCAGAUGGUGGUUGGCAAGCAAGGACACAGGUCAGAGCAGAAGACUAAAGUGAACUUAAUUCCAAUCAGUAUUUUAUAAAAAUCCUUUAUGAAGUGCUGAAGUGUGUUUUAGACUACAGUAAAUAAUCAACUCAUUGUCUAGCAAUUAAUAUGGACCUUGAAAUUAGGCAUACAUUUUAUCCAAAAUAAAGUUGUCAUCAAAAGAAUAGCCAACUUUAAGUAGUUUUUGUUGUUCAAAAUUUGAGAAGUGCACAAGGCGCUAAAGUUAAUAGUAUUUGAUGUUUUUAAAAUGUACCAGACUGGUGAAUUUAACAUGACAGGGUUUCAGAAAAAGGUUUCUUGGUUUUUAUUUUCGAUGUUUGUUCAACUGUUUGACAAGUUUAGGUUCAAAAUGUUCUCUCAGUUCAGAUUUAUGUCACUACCAAUCAUUACAAACCUACAUAGUUUGACAAUUCUACAGAUUUUCCUUUUUCCAUUUAUUAUCUACAAUCCGUUUAACCUAUAAUAAGGUUAUUAAAAUGCAGUUUUAUCUUAUUCCAUUAAAAAAAACUGAUGAUGUCCAUGUAUAACACAAUGUCAAUGCAUAACAUGUUUGCUGUUUUUGAUAUUACUAUAAGGUGUUUGGUUGUCCAAGCCUUCCUUUGUUGUUCUAAUAGAACAAAUGUUUUACUAGUAUUGUUAAAUAUGUUAUACAAAAUAAAUGAGAACUGAAAAACACAAUUUUCCAUUGGUAAUUCCCAGACUCCAGAAUAUUUCAUAGAACACUUUAAUCUGAACAUGCUACCGAUAGAAUACAUUGUACAUUUCUACUGUUGCAAGUAUGAAAAAGAUAACUAACACCUCAUUUGAAUGUACAUAUCCCCCAUAAAUAUAGAGGAGGAAGUAAUAACAUUCAAAUGCAUGCAUGAGGUUGACAGUGCAUUCCAUGUAAUGCCUACAACACGGUGUAAAGUAACAAUAAUAUUGUAACACUAACAGUAUAUGCUGAAUGAAUCAAUAAUACAACAGUUACUUUCUGGCCUGGAAAUUGAUUGACCAAAUUUGAUUUGCGGUGUUCCAUAACAGAGUAUGCAGAGAUCAAGUUGGCCUGAUUUUCUAUGACCAAAUCACAGCCGUGCUGAUAUUCAGAACAGCAGCAUGGUUGCUCAUAUUGCGUAAUUGUGUAAUGCAUCAGAUACAAGUUAAGAAUAUAGUAAAACAGAUUUAGGCCAAAUUUAGUAAAACAGUAUCUACAUUAGUCACAAGACAAUGACUAAACGAAUCCUCAGACCUCGUAGAGACCAAAGACUAUAUUAAAUGAGUGUCACAAAUUCCUUGUAAAAGGAAUGCGUUUUCAAAACCUAUUUACAUAGCAGUAUAACUGUAUUUAUCGUAACCCUUGUGUCUAAAAUAACUAAGUAACUAAAGGAGCUUAUUGUGGGAUGUGACAAAAAA